AUGUUGGAACUUGAGAGAAAGCGUCGAGAGCUGGAAGAUGCCGCUAAAAAGGCGAAAACGAAGGAUGAACAGCAUCACAAGGAAGUCGAAAACCUUAUCCAAGUUCUAUCGGAUUACAAAGAAAUGAGUGAACAAAAGGAUGCAGAAAACAGAAAAAUGACUGAAGAAUUUAUGGCUGAGAAGGAAAAGAUCGAACGGGAAAAGGAUAAGCUCAUCGAAGAAAAAGAUAAAGCUUUGAAAGAAAAAGACAAGUUCUUCGAAGAGUAUAAGCAAGCUAUGGACGAGAAAGCGGAACAAGAACGUCGAAGAAACGAAGACAUUCGAUUUUUUGAAGAAACUCUGCGUAAAAUUCAAUCUAUGAUGACAAAGCACAUGAUCAAGAACCAUGACGACGAAAACGUUCGAAACUUAUGCCUCGAAGUCAAUGAUAUUGUUGAUUCCUACGAAGGACCUGACGACAUGCGCAGAAUUGAAGAUAGCAUGCGAAGCCUUGGAAGGACUCUUGUGUUUGAAAAUCAAGAAUAA